AUGGAAUUAAACAAGGUUGACGCGUUUGCCAGAACCUUGCUAUAUGUCGAGUUCCCAAGGCAUUAUGUUUGGAUUUGUAAGGAUAGGAAAUGGGAAAAAAGAACACAUCCCGGUGGUAGUAUUGGAAGAAUUUCUUAUGUUCCACCCUCACCUGGAGAUAUUUACUAUUUGAGGAUGUUAUUGAAUCAUGUCAGAGGUCCACAAUCUUGGAAAGAACUAAAAACUUUCAAUGGGCAUACCUUUGAAACCUACAAAGAGGUAUGUGAAGCAAUGGGCCUUUUGAGUGAUGAUAAGGAAUACGUUGAAGCAAUUGAAGAAGCAAACGGUUGGGCCACUGGUUUGGUUCUUCAAGAAGAUGAAUUGAAAAACCCAUGUCUAUCAGAUAUUGAAGGGUUGCUCAAAAGUAACGGCAGUACACUCAGAAAUUUCCCGGAUAUGCCAUGCCCUGACGAGGAUUAUGUAACAUGCUUGAACAAUCAAUUGAUACGAAACGAACUUAUGUAUGAUAAAGUUGCUUUACAAACUGAGCAUGCGACUUAUUUAAGUAGCUUAACCCAAGAACAACAUCAUGUUUAUGAUACUGUUAUACAGGCGGUUGACAAGAAUGAGGGUGGUGUUUUUUUUGUAUAUGGAUAUGGGGGUACUGGGAAGACCUUCCUUUGGAAAACACUUACAAUUGCUAUACGUUCUAGAGGUUAUAUCGUACUAAAUGUUGCAUCAAGUGGCAUCGCAUCUCUGUUGCUAGACGAGGGAAGAACGACACACUCAAGAUUUAGUAUUCCAAUACAUAUAUUGGAAAAUUCAGUAUGUUCCAUCGACCCCCAAACUGAUCUUGCUGGUUUAAUUAAGAAAACAAAACUAAUUAUUUGGGAUGAGGCACCCAUGAUACACAAACACUGUUUUGAGGCUCUUGAUAAAACUAUGAGAGACAUCUUAAGUUCUGAUACACCAAAUAGUGAUAAUUUGGUGUUUGGAGGCAAGGUUGUUCUCUUUGGUGGAGACUUUAGACAAAUUUUACCAGUUAUUCCCAAGGGCACCAGAAGCGACAUUGUAAAUGCAUCAUUGAAUUCUUCUUAUCUAUGGAAUCAUUGUCGUGUACUCAAGUUAACCGUAAACAUGAGGUUAAGAGUUGGGAGCUCAGAGUCCGAUUUAAACGAGAUAAAAAUGUUUGCGGAUUGGAUUUUGAAGCUUGGUGAUGGUCUUCUUGGCGAGGCAAAUGAUGGAGAAGUAGACAUUCCAAUCCCUGCAGAUUUACUUAUUGACGAUAUCGAUGACCCAGUGAAAUCUCUAAUUACGUUUACAUAUCCUAAUAUGGAUUCUAACUUGCAUGAUCCGCUUUAUUUCCAACAAAGAGCCAUACUUGCUCCAACCCACAAUUUAGUCAAUUCUAUCAAUGAAAAGUUGCUUCAAAUGAUUCCAGGUGAAGAAACAAUUUAUCUUAGUGCUAAUAGUAUAUGUGAAUUUGAACAACCUGCCGAGUUUGAUAGUGCAUUAAUUUCUACUGAGGUUUUAAACAAUAUGCAACUGUCGGGGUUACCUAACCAUAUAUUAGUGUUGAAAGUUGGCACUCCAGUCAUGUUACUUAGGAACAUUGACCAAUCAAAUGGUUUAUGCAAUGGAACACGCCUACAAGUCAUCAAACUAGGAAAACAUGUCAUUGAGGCAAAAGUCAUCACCGGUACCAACAUUGGUCAAUGUACUUUAAUUCCAAGAUUGAAGAUGACACCAUCAGACAAAAGAAUUCCCGUCCGAAUAUGUCGAAGGCAGUUUCCUAUUGUUGUAUGCUUUGCAAUGACGAUAAACAAAAGCCAGGGUCAAUCUCUUGAUUGUGUGGGUUUGUAUCUUCCUCGGCCAGUUUUCAGCCACGGUCAGUUGUAUGUUGUCGUAUCCCGAAUCAAAAGUAAGAAGGGACUCAAGAUCUUGAUUACUGAUAAAGAUGGCAACCUUGGGGGCAGUACAACUAAUGUUGUUUUUAAAGAAGUUUUGCAAUACUUAUGA